GAAAACUGGUUGGCUGGGAAUUGGAUAAAGAAAAAUCUCUGCUCCUUCAAAGAAAAAAAAAUGGUGACUCUUUCAUGUUCAUCUUCAUCCCCAUCAAUGAAUUAUUACCAGUAUCAAACCUUUUUGCGCUUGCCACGUGUCCCUUCAAACUCUUCUAAUCUUCUUAAAGGUCCCAAGAAAAAUGGAAAUUCAGUUAUUUUUUGCUGCAAUAACAGUGUACCUGAUUCAAGAACAGGUGUGCAAUUUAAAGGAGAAUGUGUAACCAAGAGAAGAGAGCUCCUACUACAGGCAGGCUCUGUUGCAUUUUCUCUGUCCGCCUUUACAUCGAUUGCAUUGGCAGAGAACGAUGUCGCGGAAGAUUUUCGUGUUUAUUCAGAUGAUGUCAACAAGUUUAAGAUAAUGAUACCUAGUGAUUGGCAAAUAGGUGCGGGAGAAGGUGAUGGAGUGAGGUCACUCAUAGCUUUCUAUCCUCGAGAAGCUUCUAACUCAAAUGUCAGCAUUGUAAUCACAAGCCUUGGUGCUGAUUUCACCAAGUUGGAAUCUUUCGGGAAAGUUGAUGCUUUUGCUGAGAAUCUGGUUAGUGGAUUCGACAGAAGCUGGCAAAGGCCGCCAGGAGUGAAAGCAAAACUCAUAGAUUGCAAAGCCUCCAAAGGGUUGUAUUACAUCGAGUACACUCUCCAAAAUCCCGGUGAAAGUCUCAGACAUCUAUUCUCAGUGCUUGGGAUAGCUGACAAUGGGGUUUACAAUAGACUCUAUACUCUCACUGGACAGUUUGUAGACGAGGAGGCAGAGAAAUACGGUGCCAAAGUACAGAAGGCUAUUUCUUCUUUCAGAUUCAUAUGAUGACAUAAUAGAGAGCGCGAUAUCACAAAUUUUGGCUGGUUUUUCUAGUUGGUGAAUGGCAAACAUAGUCGAGAGCACGAUAUCACAAAUUCAAGUUCUGGUUUAAGGUAAGGUAUAUAUUAUGACGACUCGGGAAAAAGUGGAGUUGUAGGCAUGAACCAGCAACUUGAUCAAUGUUUUUUUUUUUUGAUUAAGACUAACUUGGUCAAUGUUAGAGUUAGUAUAUGCAUAUAGUUAUACCAAAACUGUAUGGAUUGUUUCGAUAAAAAUAUGUCUUUGGUGCAAAUGUCAUAUGCCCCAAAUUCUUGAACCUCAAAAGAAUUUGGUGCUCAAGUUUUGAUUAUAUAUUUGUAUUCUACUCAGAA